AUUACAUCACACGCAGGAAUACAUCACCUUCGUUAUAUUUGAUUUUUCUCUUUAUCACAGGGCACAUAUGAUAUGCUGAUCUCGGACGGAGUCGUUUAACAGUAAUUUAUCUACGAAGCAUUCUGCCCAUAAACACAGACACUCACAGGCACACAGAGGCGAAGAAAACAUGACUAUAAAGACCCAGUGAGGAAGAAUCAAGGCCUGGACCAGCACCUUCAUCAACCAACACACGUAUAACUGUGCCACGCUAACGUAUACAUACCCAUAAGCGCAGACACACAUUCACAAACACAGAAGCAAAGACAACACACUGAUAGUGACCCAGUGAAGAAGAAUCGAACCAAGAUCAUCAUCUUUAUCAACCAACACACACAACCCUCCCACACUCACAAACAUGGGUGAAGGCAGUGGAGGCAACGGCAGCAAUGGGCAGUUUUCGGGGUGGGACUGGGCAGUGUUUGUGAUCGCCCUUGUGUUAUCGCUGGGCACGGGCGUGGCGGCGGGGUGGAUCAGCCGACGCAAUGCACGGAAGGCGGACGACACCAGCACGGCCGCGGAGUUCCUGAUGGGGGGACGAGCCAUGAACCCCUUGGCUGUGGCACUGUCGACCAUGAUAGGCGUCAUUUCCUCUGUGACUGUCCUGGGCAACCCGGCCGAGAUGUACUCGCACGGAACACAGCUCUGGAUGAACCUGUUCGGCGUGGCUCUUGGCUUCGUCUUCGUGCACUUGGUUAACCUCACCGUGUUCUACCCCCUCAAGAUCAUCAGCGUGUACACCUACAUUGAGAGGCGCUUCCAGUCCAAGGGUCUUCGGGCGUUCAGUGUGUACACAACGUUCGUUGCCAACUUCUUCUACAUCGGCCUGUGUGUGUACACUCCCUCGCUGGCCAUGGAGACGGUGACCGGCCUGCCCGCCUGGGUGUCCAUCAUUAUCAUGGGCGUCGUCUGCACCACCUAUUCCUCCUGGGGCGGCGUGCGGGCGGUGGUGUACACGGACAUCCUGCAGGUGUUCGUGAUGAUGGGCGGCGUGGUGGUGAUCAUCGCGACGGCCGUGGUGGAGGUGGGCGGCCUAGGCAGGGUGUGGGACAUCGCCUGGGACCAUGGCCGGGUGGAGCUGUUCAACAUCGACCCGAGCCCCCUCCAGCGUCACAGUCUCUGGCUCGUCACCAUCCAGGGCUACUUCUCUACCAUCCUCCUCUUCGGAAUGGGGCAGCCACAGGUGCAAAGGAUCUGUUCCGUGUCCACCUGGAAGAAGGCCGUGGGUGCUCACUACCUCAACCUCGCCACCCUCGUCACCGUCCUCUGCCUCUGCAACUUCAUGGGCAUCGCUGUGUUCGCCGUCUACGCCGACUGUGACCCCAUGGCGACGGAGGACAUCGAGAAGCCUGACCAAAUCGUUCCUUUCUACGUGAUUGACCGCCUCUCGCGCCUCCCCGGCCUGCCUGGACUCUUUGUGGCCGCCCUCUUUGGUAGCGGACUGAGCUCGUACUCGUCGCAGAUCAACUCCGUGGCCGCCGUGCUGUGGGAGGACUUCUUCAAGAACUCCAAGUGGGUGGCGGCUAUGCGGGAGGACCGGCGCCGCUACGUCAAUGUUGUUGUCACCGUGAUAGCAGGCAUGGCGGGCAUCAUGGCCGGCAUCAUCUCCAUGUGGGUCCGCGGCGUGUUCCAGGCAGGCCAACUCAUCCUGGGGACCAUCAACUCGCCCCAGUUCGGCCUCUUCAUGCUGGGGAUGAUGUGCCCCUUCGCUAACGCCAUUGGCGGCGUGGUGGGCAUGGUGGUUGCCUUCGCCUUUAAUCUCUGGAUCACCCUCGGCGCCAUGUUUUCGGGGGUCGCCGCUCCCUACCUCGACUUCUCCGACGAGGGAUGCAACGCCACCACCUCCACUGCAACCGACAUCCCGUUUUCUUCUGAUUCUUCUUGGUUUUCCCUCUCCUCCGUUUUCUCUUCUUCCACCUUGUCUCCUUUUGCCUCCACGACUGAGAGCCCGGAGGACCCGGACGUGUUCCCCCUCUACCUCCUCUCCUACACCCUCUACUUCUUCUGCGGCGUCUCCAUCACCGUCUUCGUGGGUUCCGUCGUCUCCCUCCUCACCAACCCGUGGUCAACCGAGAGGGCCGGCAAGAUCUACCUCCACCCAACCUUCUACGCCCUGCAGCGGGGGUGGGAGAGGCGACGCGCCCCCCAGGACCCGCACUCCAUCAACACCCAGAAUUUGGUGCAGCUGAAGAAGUACUGAAGGAAAGGAGGAGGAAGAGGAGGAGGGGGAGAAGGAGGAGGUAGAGGAGGAAAGUGGCAAGAAAGAAAGGUGCGCCCAGAACACCACCGGAAGCAGAGACGAAGCAACAAACAAACAAACACACAAAAAAACACUAAAAACAAAUGCAGGUAUUCAGCAAAGCAGUGCAAAUCGGCCACAUCAUGCAAAGGUGUAUGAGGCGACGAACCACCUGCGGCAGUGUCAUCUUGGUGGUGUUGAUGGUGGUGAUGGUGCUCUUUUUGCUCCAACCACCACCACCACCACCGUCGUCAUCAUCGUCAUCAUCAUCACCCUCCAACGCCUCUUCUCCC